UUGAAAGAUAAAGUUUCUACAGCCGAUUUGCCUUCUGAUUCGGCUAAUCAGAAUGCGAAUUCUUCCACUUCUGGCCAACCUUCAUCUCCCCUUGCUGCCUCCGGUAACUCGAAGGCCAAUGGUCCAAAUGUAUCUCUGUCUGAUCUCUCUGAGCUGGAUACCAUCAAUCAAUUAGCUGUUGACCCCUUGUCCACUCAGGCAGGUCGACUUGGUAGCCGACCUCUGACGCGACCCAUACUUGGCGCUCAGUCUCUUGAAGACGCCAGGAAGUUGUUGGCUCUCAGUGAAUCAUCUCGCCGCACGCAACGUCGUCUCCCUUCGAUUAUCUUCCCAACUGGCCCCUCGUUGGUUCCCUCAGUUAAUACAACCUUCAAUGCAAUGCUCUGCUACCCUGCUGCAACAGUGUCGACAAUAAGUUCCACUACCUCUUCUCUUUCUAUUCCUGCUACUAAUGUUGCCUUGGCAUCUUCCUCUAUAACAUCCGGAUACACGCAUCACCCUCCUUCGAACUCAUCUUCAAGUUAUUCAGCUGUUCCCAUGCCUCGGCAGCUGGUGCCCCAGUCAUAUGUCCACUCUAUUCAACAGCCGUCUUGCCACUAUCAUCAGCGUCAACAACAACAGCAGGCCUAUUCGGCCCAACAAAUGACGCGCUCUUUGCCUGCUGAUAGUCGCAUUUCCCAGGCCUUACCUGUUCUUCACCAGCCUCCAGGACAUCACAUUCAGGUUGUGCAUUCUCAAUCUGGUCACUUGCACCAUAUGCAUUCGCAUUCAACUCAACUGCAACACAAUCAACAACAACAACUGCAACAAACUCAAUUGAACAUACAUAAGCAUCAAGCGAAUUUAGUGCGUCAUCAGCAAUCUUCGCAGCAGCAGCAACGGCAACACCAACAGCACUAUCAAUAUCGUUUUCAACAUCAAAAUCAUCAUCAUCAACAACAACGUCAUUCCCAACAAUCAGGCCUCGUUCAAGUUCCUCCAACGCCUCCAUCAUUAGCAUCUCAGGAAAUGCUUUCCCCUCAAGCACCAGGCCUUGAGAUCCCAAGUACGGGCCAUGCGUCUUUGGUUGGCAUUGGAUUCGAAAAAGCCCUUUUGCCUCUAGCAGGAUGUUCUGCGACCACUAUACUUUUCCCCCCUCGCAGCAGUCGCCUCCUUAUGAAUGGACUGAUACCAGCUCCCGCUCGAUUGGCCACUCGCACUGGAACCUUGGUUGUGAGUGUUGCCGACCCUGAUAGUAAUGCCGGUGGCAGUAGCGGUCUUACUAACCAAUCACGAAAUUUUUAUGACCGCCUUGCUUCCGGACAAGUAAUUACAUCUGAACUCCACCAGGUAAAUUGUAUCAGUCACCUUGGGAGCUAA